AUGUCAAACUUGUCGAGGGUGUUGGAGAGGCAACAGAAACAAAGGGAAGAAAUCCAGCGUAGAUGUGCUCAAGAAGAUCGGGACGCCGAUGAAGAAGAGGAACAAAUGCUUGCAGCAGCGGUGUGUAUGAUGGAUCAAUCAAGGCAACACCGUCGUCGUCGUGCCCCGAAUGUGGACAGACGUAGGGAGUCUCGGUAA